GCUGUUGAAGUCCAUUGGCGAAACACCUUAAACUUCCUCUCCACAGAUUCUAUAAGGCCGACGUCAAGCCACAUCUGUCAUCUCUAUUGGGCGCCAUGUGUCCUCUCUCCUUGGGAUCGCUUGUUUGUUCCCCUUCUGCGUGAGCGAGCCUGACUUUUCUGGCAGUAGAAACCGCCAGAGCGCAGGAGCUCUAAAGACAAACCUCUUGGAAAACCUAAGCUAGCUCUAAUUGUUGAUCAGCAAUUUUCAGUAAUACGGUAUACAAUAAAAUGAGGAUGCUCGCGUCACGGUUGAUCCAUUCAAGAUCACCAGUUUCCAGAUUGUAUGCAAUAGCUGCAUCCAGGAGUGGGAGGCAUCUAUCAACUGAUUCUGAUAAGGUUGAUGAGCCCUUCAAAGUUGAGGAAGCAGAGACAGUAGAUGUUCCUCCGCCGCCAACGGAGAAGUUGCUUGUGUUGGGUGGAAAUGGAUUUGUUGGCUCCCAUAUGUGCAAAGAAGCUCUGGAUCGUAAUGUAUCUGUUGUUAGCCUUAGCAGGUCUGGUAGGUCAUCAAUAAGCGAUUCCUGGGCCAAUGCUGUGACCUGGCAUCAAGGAGAUCUUCUUUCAACUGAUUCAUGGAAGGAAGCUCUUAAUGGGGUUUCUGCCAUUAUUUCAUGUGUCGGUGGUUUUGGCUCUCAAUCUUACAUGUAUAAGAUUAAUGGAACUGCAAACAUAAAUGCAAUAAGAGCUGCAUCAGAAAAAGGUGUAAAAAGAUUUGUUUAUAUCUCUGCUGCUGACUUUGGUAUGGCCAAUUACUUACUGCAAGGAUAUUAUGACGGAAAGAGAGCUGCUGAAACAGAGUUGCUGACCAAGUUUCCUUACGGAGGAGUGAUUCUCAGACCUGGGUUUAUAUAUGGGACGCGGAAGGUUGGUAGCAUGAAGUUACCUCUUGGUGUCAUUGGUUCACCAUUGGAGAUGAUUCUUCAACAUGCUAAAUCACUUAACCAGCUUCCACUCGUCGGACCGCUGUUCACUCCUCCUGUCAAUGUUACUGCAGUAGCAAAAGUUGCAGUAAGGGCGGCAACUGAUCCUGUUUUUCCUCCUGGCAUCAUAGACGUUUAUGGAAUAUUACGUUAUACUCAGCAAAGGUCAAAAUAGAUUUGAGUUACUUUCUUUUGCCUUCCUUCCCUCAACAAUAUAGAGUCAAAUAUAUCAGAGCUUUUUUUAAGUCUGAUGCUAGUCAGAUUUUCAGCUGUUGCUUUGGUUAAAAUUUCUUCUGUUUGUAUUUCUGAAGAAACAACAAUUGAAGUGCACAGAAUAAUUAGACGAAAAUAUUUUAGAAAUUGUUCUCUAUUUUUUGGACAAUAAUUAGUUGAUUCAUAUCUAUAACCGGAACUCCAUUUUUUGCUUUGAUGAUGUACUCUGGACAAAUCAAAUCAAAUCAAAUCAUAAAAUACAGAUUCUUUCA